GAAAAAACAAAAAAAUUUCAAACAAUAAUAUUAAUGCUCGCAAUGUAAAAAUUUUUCUUAGUUUGUCAACCGUGAUGCAGUAGUCAGUUGUUUUUGUAGUCUCUCCGUGAGUGCGCGCUCUCUAUCUCUAUAUCAGCAGUGGCGCUACUGCAUACUAUAUAUACUUAUGCAUGUGUACAUAUUUGCCUUUGUGUGUGAGCUGAUGAAUGGCUGGAUGCGUCCCAACCACUUUUGCCAACCAGCCGCCUGCUGCCAUGCUUCAUCAAACGCCACCACCACUACCAGCUACAGCUAUCUCCUGCAUUACUUCUAUUGUGUUUGCGUAUUGCUUGACUGGUCGAAGCGAUUUUCGCUCGGUAGUAGUAGCGAGCACCGGUUUCUUGGCAGUGUAGCAGCGCGCUAUUCAAAUCCGAUACGCGCCGACACAAUACAUUGUAGAGCAUAGAGCGCAUAGCGAGUGAACGACAAGCGUAACCAUCAACAAUGACUGUUUGUUGUGUGCUUAAGCCGUAGAUACACAGUACAACAGCAAAAAAAAAAAUAACAAAUAUACACAUACUACGCCUAUCUACUGUUUAUGAAGUUUUGUUUUCCUCCCUGUUGCUUAUCCGUUUGGUUGGCUCAUUGGCGUUGGCUGUGCCAUUUGUUGUUUCAUUUGCGCAACAUUCGUUCGUUGGGGUGCCAGCGUUAGCUAUCGUUACAAAGUGUAUGUGUGUGUGUUUAUUUAUGUUCAUUACUUUGUGUUUUAUUAUGUGCUGCCUUUGUGUUUGUGACUUUAGAGAGCUUUUUUCGCUUGUGCCGCAGCGGGCAGAACAGUCACCAGCAUUUGUACGUACAGAUACGACGCCCGUUUAUAUUUGCGCGGAUUCUUUUUGCGAAUUAACAACGCGCAAGUGGAUUUCCAACAACUUAUCUCAGAUAAAGGCGUAAACAAAAACAACGUCGUUAAAAGCAAAAGAAAUAUAGUAAAGUAAAAGGUAAUAUAAGUAAAAAAAAAAAGAAAACAAGCGCCCUACGUUCACAGUGGGCCGGCCGGUGUAGCUAGUUGGUAUACGCGUUCGAAUGGCAGCCGCAGCAGUGCUAGUGACAGUUGUUGGGACGGCUUGAACACACCAAGCAAAUAGCGAGCUGCGUACGAAUUUCGCAAAAAGCUAUUGACCGUCAUCUAACGCGUGAAAGGAACUAAAGUUUUAAUAAAAAAUCAAAUCGUGAAUUUGAAAAAAUAUUUUUCGGAAAAUCUGCAAAGUUCGAAUUUUAUCAACAAUUAUACCUAAAAGUAUCUCUCAGCUGAAUGCGCAUGGCCAUUGGAAAUCAUCAAUAAAUCGCCUGUAAAGAUCCUGCGUUGAUAAGCCAACACAAUAGGUAUUCACACGCAUCAAGCCACUUCGCUUAUGGGAAGAAGGCGCCACGCUGCGCACCACAAUUCAACUACCUGUCAACGGUUUGACACUUUUUGUCGGAUUAACAGACGGACAGGGACACAAUAGCGGCACUAAAAGGCAAUAAGCGAGGGCUCAUCAGCACAAUAGGGAUUUUUUUAUUUAUAAAAAAAAAUAUUAUUAAAGUAACACAAUAAGAGACAACUGCCCAGUCCACUGGCAAAAAUUACGAAAAGGACAACAAAACUUACAAUUCGCAAUCGGAAGCAUUUCUUGUUUUGCAUUGUUAAUAGUUGUAGUAGAAAGGAAACUCCAUUUGCAUUGUGUUAUUGUGCGACGGUGUGUUAUUGUGCAACCUAACUUAGACGGAUUGUUGUGAAAGAGGAAAUGGAAAGUUUUUAAAAAUCUGUGUAAUAAGUAAAAAAAAAAAAAAUAACAUCCAGGAGAAACAUAUGGAAACAUAGUCCACAAAAAGAAUUUCAAACAAUUAUAUAUGUAACUGUGUAAAAAUAUUCAAUAUUCAAAUCAGCACAAAUACUGGCAAAGAAAGUUUUAGAUAACACGAAUAGGAAAACUCGUGCGAACCUUCAGAACAGCAGAUAAAGUAAAGUGAUAAUGUGAAAAAUUUUGCAAAUACAAAAAGAAAACAAAAGUCAGAAUUCCCUUGUAAGUGAAAAGUAUGAUUGAUGAUCGUAUUGCUGGCGUGUUGCUUUAUCACUCAUGACAUGUGACAACUUCCUCAACUCUCUCAAAAAAUAAAAGAAAUAACAAAAACGAUUGAUUUCGGUACCCUCAAAGCAUUCAAAUAAUCCUCCGCAACUGUAGUGCAACUCAAACAAAUUUGUCAUAACAAAUUCUGCAUUUCAGUGUAUGUUGCAAAAGGAAAUAUUAAAUAACAGCUAAAUAAUCAAACAAAGCCAAUUGUCACCGAUUAUCGCUGCAGUCAGCAGAACGCAACUAAAAUGUUAACGGACAUGACACCGACGGCCGGACAGUUGUACGGCUCACAAAUACCCACCAUGGGCAUGAAUAUCGGUAAUAUCGCCACGCAUCUGCAAAAGCCGCAAGUUAAUCCGGAUCAUCCUAGUCUGCGUGGAACACCGCUUGCAAUGUUGGCUGCGCAAUGCAAUAAAUUGUCUAGUAAGUCUCCACCGCCCCUUGCCGACGCAGCUGUGGGAAAAGGUUUUCAUCCUUGGAAGAAAAGCCCCACUUCACCGACGAGUAGUACCGCUGGAGGUCAGCAUUCACCAUGUACCAUCUCUUCCGCUUCUUCGUCAUCGGGUUCUGGUUCGUCGAAUAGUAAUUUGGGUUUGAGCGGCGUCUCAUCGGCUGCCUCCUCACGCAGUCUGCCGUCGUCCAGUAUCAAUACAAUGGUCAACAUCACCGCUAGCAUUUAUCCUUACAGUCGCCCGAUUCCUUCAUCCUGUGCUGCUGUCAGUAAUCCCUCAGCUUAUGGAAGCGAUCUCUACUUUCCGAAUACGAGCAGCCCUGGCGGCAGCAUGGUCUCUGACAAUCAUCACAUGCAUCAGGGCUUGUUGGGCAAAGUGGAGGGCGCUACAUUCGGCUCAGUCUAUUCACGUCAUCCAUAUGAUUGGCCCUUUAAUGCGGUUACUGCAUCAGCGCAUAAAGCGGCCGAGGCAGCAAGCGUUAACUCCGGUUGGUGGGAUAUGCACAGCGCUGCUGGCAGCUGGCUAGAUAUGGGUGGCGCUGGUAUGCAUUCAACCAUGGCAAACUACGCCACAGCCGCCGGCUCAGACUACUCUUCUGCACUGUCGCAUUCGCUUUCAAAUACGGCACAUCUGUUAGGCUCUGGUCAACAUUUACUACAAGACACAUACAAAAGUAUGUUGCCUGGUCAAGGUGUGGGUGGUUUCUCCCUGCCACAUAGUUCUCCGUCGGCCGCCUCCACUGCGGCCUCGCCGCAAGCAUCAACGCCCUCAACACCAUCGCCUCGUUCACAAAGACGUUACGCAGGUCGAGCCACAUGCGAUUGUCCGAAUUGCCAGGAAGCUGAGCGGUUGGGUCCAGCUGGCGUGCACCUGCGCAAGAAGAAUAUACACUCGUGCCACAUACCUGGGUGUGGCAAAGUGUACGGUAAGACUUCGCAUUUGAAAGCGCAUUUGCGUUGGCAUACUGGGGAGCGACCAUUCGUUUGCAAUUGGCUUUUCUGCGGCAAACGUUUUACAAGAUCCGAUGAACUACAACGUCAUCUGCGAACGCACACCGGCGAAAAGCGAUUCGCUUGUCCCAUCUGUAACAAACGCUUUAUGCGCAGCGAUCACCUUGCUAAGCAUGUUAAGACACACAACGCUACUGGUCAAGGCGGCAGCAUGAAGAAGGGUUCAUCGGAGUCAUGUAGCGAUUCGGAGGAACCUGGCAACCAAUCUGGCGAAUCAAAUGGUCUCAGCGGCAGCAAUGGACAGCAAACUGGUAAUGGUAGUCAUCCUGGCACGCCCAAUUCUCAUCAGUCUGGCGGCGGUGGAAAUACCACACCAACUGGUGGACUGUUGGCCGGCGGCUUGCAUCUGUCAUCACCGCACAAUAUGUCUGGCGGUUCCCCAGUGAUGCUGCACGCUCAGCAACAACAUCAUCAACAGCAGCAGCAACAAGCACAAGCACAAGCACAGGCACAAGCGCAGGCACAAGCGCAGGCACAGGCGCAGGCGCAAGCUCAAUUGCAGCAUCAUCAACAACAGCAACAUGCGCAUGCUCACUUGCAUCAUCACCACCAUCAUCAUUUGGUUGGCAAUUCGGCGCCUAGCCCGGGGUUAGAUCAUCACAGCACUUUGGUGGAUAUUAAACCACCAAUGGUUUGAGGGUCAUUGGGACCCUUUCUGUUCACCAAUUGAGGUGACGCUCGGAAUGGGUCCAACGGUCUAAUAAUUCGACAACUAAUGUGUGGAAUGAAGGUUACAUAAAAAAAAUGAAGGUCAAAUUUGCGAAGGAAAAGGUUAAAUGAGGGUUAAGUUAAAACAUAUUGGUAUACAAACUCUAUUGUAAAUAAUGCUUGUAACAAUGUGUUGUUAAAAAUAUAAAACAAUCAAAAAUGCUAAACUCUAUGUACAACUAAAAAGAAAAGGAAUAUCGAAAUGCUUUUCGUUUCAACUAAGAAGUGAGAGCAAAUUGUGUAAAUAGCGGCGAAAUAUAUUGAAGGACCAGUGUUGUAAACAUUAUGAAUGUAAAUUGUUUAAAAAUUUUAUAAAAAGCGACACCAUAAAUAUUAACAUAAAAUAAAACACCAAACAAGAAAGAAAUCUUUCAUCAAAAAUUAAGUACUCUUAUUCAUUUCGAAAAAAAUAUCACUUGUAGCAAUGGGUAAUGAAUAGAAAAAAAUUUCUAGUCCAAUUGAUAGAAAAUAAACAUUUAAAUGUUGCAUUAACUCAGCUAGAAUGUGCUUAUGGAAAUGCUAAACCUAUAAGCUAUAAGCCUUUGAGUCACCCUUUAUUUGGAAUGUGCUUCUUUUCCUUUUGAUAAUAUGUACGAGUGUUAAGGAAUUUUUAAAUAAAAUUAAAUCACAGAUAAAAGUAAAAUUAUAAUUUAGCGAUGGGCUUUAUCUGCUAAAAUAAUAAAUAUCUUGCUAUACCGUAUUUAUAAAAAAAUAACAAAAACAUAAAUAAAGAAUUUAGAAGAAAUACACUGCACAUAAAUACAAAUGAAAAUAUUACAAGUAUAUCUUUAGUGCAUAGCUAGUUUUUGAAUAAUACUAAAACUAAAGAAUCUUAAGAAAAUAAAUUUAAUAAAUAUUGUUGAUUUUUAGCUAAAAACUUACAUAUAUAAAUAACGUAAAAUUUAUGUAACGAAAAAGUGCAACUGCAACUAAACAAAUAUUAAAUAUAUUUAAUAUAUAAAAUUUAAAAUUCUAGCUUGCUUAGUUUAAAGACCAAAAUACUACUUUUUAAUUUUAUGGCAUUCGAAACUAAAACAAAAGUGUUAAUUUUAUGAAGACGAAAUAUGACGAAUGAGCAGUCAAGAAGUACAUCUUUGGAAUAUUUAAAGUAUUCGUCGAUUUUAGAGUUAGCUUGUGUAUUGAAAGAUUCAGGACUUACUGUGUCUAACUCUGUAUACAAUAUACGGUGCUUUCAGUGUUGCAAAGAUGCAUGAGAUGUUUGUAAAAUACUUUUAAAUAUCGCAAAAAAUAUUAAUAUUAUUAUGAUUAUUACAAAUAAAUGUGCGCAUCGACAUUUUAAGUAA